CACCCCAUUUCGUCGCUUUUAUAGCAAGUGACUCAAAAACAAAAAAACAAAAAAACAGAAAAAAAACGUGAAAAACGCAGCGUUUCACGCUUAAAUUUUCCUUUUCUAAAUUGUAAAAAUUGAAUCUUUCUGGAUUCAAAGCGCAAUUCAAGGCCAAAAGCAACAAGCUUUCUCCAAUUCUGCAAUUGGGUCUGCAGCAUGUAACUUAGGGAAUGAAUAUCUCAUGUUGAGAUUUGUGAAAAUUUUGUGCAUGUAUCUCAUACCACACCUAUCUGUUUAUAAAGAGAGAAUGACACGAAAUUUGUGAAAUUUUAACACCCAUUUGGAGUUACUUGCUGUUUUACUGAAAAUGAGUCUCUAUUCAGGUGAGUGUUUGCUGCAACUUGCACAAAGGUGCAUGAAGCACCAAAGACAAAUGGAGCAAAUUCAUUCUCUUGUAAUCACCAAUGGCCACCUUGUUUAUCACCCAAAUGCAUCAUCACCCCAUCAAAAAUGGAUGCCAACCCUCUUGUACAAUGCCCUCAUUAAAGCCCAAUCCCAUCACAUUCAAACCCAACACAAGACCCUUCUCCUUUUCACACACAUGCUUGAAAACCAAGCCCCACCCAACAGUUACACCUUCCCUCCCCUCCUUAAGUCCUAUCCUCCUAUUACUUUGGGGACAGCCCUUCACUCCCAAGCCCUCAAGCGUGGCCUCUUGUCUGACCCCUUUAUACUCACCUCUCUCCUUGCCCUCUAUGCAAGAAACAACCACCUUGCUCAUGCACGCAGGGUGUUUGAGGAAGUUCCUCUCUUUUGCAUUGUCUCAUGCAACGCAAUGCUUAAUGCUUUCUCCACCAAUGGGAACAUGGAGGCUGCUAUGUCACUAUUUGAAAGCAUGUCCCAUCGGGAUGUUGUUUCCUGGACAACCCUUGUGAAUGGUUUUGCUCUGAAUGGGAACUUUGGUGCUGCAAUUCGGUUCUUUGGACAGAUGAUGAUGAUGACUCAUGAGGAUUGUUUGGUGAAGCCAAAUGAGGCUACUUAUGUUAGUGUGCUCUCCUCCUGUGCCAAUUUAGAUGGUGAAGCUGCCCUUGAUUGUGGAAAACAAGUUCAUGGAUACAUAGUGGCGAAUGAGGUCAACUUGGGAGUUUUUUUGGGAACUUCUUUGAUAAAUUUUUAUGGGAAGAUGGGGUGUUUGAAUUAUGCUGUGAAUGUUUUCAAUUUGAUGGUUUCCAGAGCGGUAUGCACUUGGAAUGCAAUGAUUUCUUCACUGGCUUCCAAUGGUAGAGAGAAGGAGGCUUUGGACAUGUUUGAGAAGAUGAAGCUUCAAGGAUUACGACCAAAUAGCAUUACCUUUGUAGCAGUUCUUACAGCAUGUGCUCGUGGAAGUUUUGUUAGGGAAGGAUUGGAGUUGUUUCGAUCAAUGUCGCAUGAGUUUCAGGUAGUGCCAAUAAUGAAGCACUAUGGAUGUGUGAUUGAUCUUUUGGGAAGAGCAGGGUAUGUGCAGGAAGCAGCUGAUAUCAUAAGAAAUAUGCCUUUUCAGCCUGAUGCAUCGGUAUUGGGAGCUUUUUUGGGUGCAUGUAGGAUUCAUGGAGCUAUUGAACUCGGAGAAGAAAUAGGAAAAAAGGAGCUUAAAUUGCAGACACAACAUUGUGGCCAAUAUGUGAUACUGUCAAGCAUGAAUGCUGAGAAGGAAAGAUGGGAUCAUGCUGCUGAUCUGAGGAAAGAAAUGAUGGAGGCUGGAAUUCAGAAAAUUCCAGCAUACAGUAUGGUUCAUUUGAGAUGAUUUUUUUCAACUCUUUUCAGUCUGUACAAUAUAGG